AUGGGAAGCAGUAGCUUGCCGAUGUCCCAACAAAUGUAUUUUAGUACACACAAUGCAUUAAGAAUAAAUGAAGAAAAUGAUGUUAUAAAUACUUUAUUUUAUGAAAUAAAUGGAAGUCGACAUAUAAGUUUAUUAAUAUUUCCAUUUUAUGAUGUUCAAAUGUUAAAAAGAUUAUUGAUUAAGAAAUUAAAUUUACCAGGUGGUGUUAAAGUAAAUGAUAUCAUUAUAUUUUAUAAAGGAAUAAAAUUACCAAAUUAUCGUAUUAUAAGUACAUAUAUAGAUAAUAAUAAUAAUAGAAAUGAUAAAAAAAAAAAAAAAAAAAGAAUUAAUAAAUUAUAUUGGGCUAUCAAAGAUACUAAUCCAAAUGCUUCUAUACGUGUUAUUGAUAGUUCUAAGAAUUAUCCAGAAUUUUUUGAAGAUAUAUUAAAUGAAAUUAAAUUAUCAUUUAAAAAAAACAUUGCUCCUAAAUUAACUAUGGAUGGUACCGGAGGGACCUAUUUAUUAUAUAAUGCAAAAAAAAAAAUAUGUUCUGUCUUUAAACCUUUAGAUGAAGAAGCAUUUGCUCCUUUCAAUCCUCGGGGUUAUGAAGGCAAAAUGUAUCAAGAGGGUUUUCGUGCUGGCGUAUUAUCUGGUGAGGGUGCUAGUAGAGAAAUUGCAGCUUAUCUAUUAGAUAAUUGUUAUAAUAAUUUUAGUAAUGUUCCUUGUACUAUUAUGGUCGAAGCUUGUAAUCCUCAUUUUAAUAAUAAAAGUAAAUUAAAAUAUGUUGAUAAAGAAACCAACUUAAAAUGGAAAUGUGGAUCAUUACAAGAAUUUAUUGAUUCUAGAGAAAGCGUAGGAAAUUAUGAUUAUAAACAAUUUAGUAUAAGAGAUAUUCAUAAAAUUGCAAUCUUAGAUAUUAGAGUAAUGAACCUAGAUAGAAAUGAUGGUAAUAUAUUAGUCUCUCCUUUGAAAACAUUAAAAGAUUCUUGUAACCAGUUUGUUUAUAGAAAUAAUAAAUUUGCAAGUUCUAAUAAUGAGGAUAUCUUGAAGAGAAUCAUCACAAUAGACAAAAAGCCUUCCCGAUAUACUUUAAUACCUAUAGAUCAUGGGCUUAUACUUCCCCACAUUAUGGACGUUGCUGAAAUUGAUUUGGUGUGGUUUGAAUGGCCCCAAAUAAAGAUUCCUUUAGAUGAUGAAGAGCUGGAAGUUGUCUUUUCGUUCGAUCCAGAUAAAGAUGCCGAAAAAAUACGAAACAAAUUACUAAUAAGAGAAGAUUGUAUACGUACUAUGAGGGUAUGUACACGGCUUUUACAAAUAGGAGCAAAAAUGCAUCUAACCUUAUAUGAAAUAGCAAGGAUAAGUACCAGGAAAAAUAUUGACGAAGAAUCGAUCCUAGAGCACCUAGUAAAGGAUUCAAUCACACAGGCUUACCAAAUGAUGGAUUAUACAUCCCUUAUGAGCACAAACAGAUUAGGAUACAUCCUAGAUCUGGCCGAAAUUAAAAUGAAUAAGAAAAAAAAAAAUAUCAAAAGUAAAACCGUAGAAAUUAAUGAUGAUAAGAUAUUAAAUCAGCUCUAUGAAAAAAAUGAAGAAAAUAUUUUUUUUAAUGAGAAGAGAGAAACAACACCAGGAGAGGAAAGCUUGAAAAGUUCUCUGAGUUUAAAAAAAGAUCAUCAAAAUAUACAAUCGAAUAUUUAUAAUAAAAAUAUUAGUAGUAAUAAUAUAAUGAGAGAUGCUGAUGAAAUGAUGUCAAUUAACAGUUCUUCAAACACAACCAAUAGUAUAAAAAAUGUUAGAAUAGCAAAUGAAACUUAUAAAAAUAUAUACAACAAUAAUGUGAUAAAAAAUAAAAACUUAGAAAAUAUUGAUUUGAUGAAUAUAACAAAACAAGUUAACAAUAUAAAUUUGUGUUUAAAUAUAAAAAAAGAAGAUAAUGAAAUAAAUAAAGAUAAAAAUGAUAUCAGUCUUCAACAAAAUAAUAUAAAUAACUCUCCUUUGAAUUCUAUGAUAAGUGCUAAUAACGAAUGUGCAAACACAACAGAAAAUAAAAAUAUGACCAUACAGUUAAAAAAAGAAACCUUAUCAAUUAAUUCAUCAGAUCAUGUAUUAAAUAAACCAUUAGAUAGUUUAUUAAAUGAACCAUUAGAUAAUUUGUUAGAAAAUAUUUCUGCUGCAGUAUCGGAAGUAUCACAAGCAUCACAAGUAUCAGAAGUAUCAAUAGUAUCAGACUUAUCAGACAUUUCUAAUCAUACAUCCAACCCUUCUGAUAAAAUAAAAGUCGAUAGGAAGGUUAAAAAGAAGAAGAAAAAAAAAGACUGUGAUAAUAUGGAUGGCUAUCAAAAGGAUCAAAUGGAUUAUGCAAAUGGUGAUGACGGCCAUAAAAUUAAUAGCGAUGAUAAUAUCAUAAAAAAAGAAGAUAAAAUGAUAAACCAGGUGAAAAGUAAUUUAAAUCAUAAUGAAGAAGAGGAGGAGGAAGAAGAAGAGGAAGAAGAGGAAGAAGAAGAAGAAAAUGAUGAUUAUGAAGUAGCAUUCAAAAAACCCUCAGGUACUAUAAAAAGAAUAAGUGAAAAUACAGGAACAGCAUAUAGAAGUAUGGAGAUGAAUAAAAUUAAUUCUAUAUGGAUGAUAAGAGAUAAAAAUAAUAAAAUAAUAAAUGUAAAAUGGGAGAAUAAAAUAUUUGAGAAAUUAUUUUUUGAAACAUUUGAAAAUUAUAUAAAAAAAUAUAUUAAUGAUUAUCAUCCGGAUUGGAGGAAUUAUCCAUAUAACGGAUCAAAAAUAUCAACAACAAAACAUGCUUAUCUAAAUAAUAUAAAAUGA